GGCUGAGCCGGGUCGCUGGAUGUUGUUGAAACUCUCCAGAUCAUGCCUGCGUUUGACUGCGGCUUCCCUGCCGGGUGCCACUGCCGCCGCCGCCGUCCGCGGGAUGCCCAGUAGCCCGCUGCCUGGCCGCCGCGAUCCUGUGUUGCUCGGAAGCCGUUUGCUGCUGCAGAGUUGCGCGAACUAGUCAUGGUGCUGUGGGAGUCCCCGCGGCAGUGCAGCAGCUGGACACUUUGCGAGGGCUUUUGCUGGCUGCUGCUGCUGCCGGUGAUGCUACUCAUCGUAGCUCGCCCGGUGAAGCUCGCAGCUUUCCCUACCUCCUUAAGUGACUGCCAAACGCCCACCGGCUGGAACUGCUCUGGUUAUGAUGACAGAGAAAAUGAUCUCUUCCUCUGUGACACCAAUACCUGUAAAUUCGAUGGGGAAUGUUUAAGAAUUGGAGACACUGUGACUUGUGUCUGUCAGUUCAAGUGCAACAGUGACUAUGUGCCUGUGUGUGGCUCCAAUGGAGAGAGCUACCAGAAUGAGUGUUACCUGCGACAGGCUGCAUGCAAACAGCAGAGUGAGAUACUUGUGAUGUCAGAAGGAUCAUGUGCCACAGAUGCAGGAUCAGGAUCUGGAGAUGGAGUGCAUGAAGGCUCUGGAGAAACCAGUCAAAAGGAGACAUCCACCUGUGAUAUUUGCCAGUUUGGUGCAGAAUGUGAUGAAGAUGCUGAGGAUGUCUGGUGUGUGUGCAACAUCGACUGUUCUCAAACCAACUUCAAUCCACUCUGUGCUUCUGAUGGGAAAUCUUAUGAUAAUGCAUGUCAAAUCAAAGAAGCGUCGUGUCAGAAACAGGAAAAAAUUGAAGUCAUGUCUUUGGGUCGGUGUCAAGAUAACACAACUACAACUACCAAAUCUGAAGAUGGGCAUUAUGCAAGAACAGAUUAUGCAGAGAAUGCUAACAAAUUAGAAGAAAGUGCCAGAGAACACCACAUACCUUGUCCAGAGCACUACAAUGGCUUCUGCAUGCAUGGGAAGUGCGAACAUUCUAUCAAUAUGCAGGAGCCAUCUUGCAGGUGUGAUGCUGGAUAUACUGGACAACACUGUGAAAAAAAGGACUACAGUGUUCUAUACGUUGUUCCUGGUCCUGUACGAUUUCAGUAUGUCUUAAUUGCGGCUGUGAUUGGAACGAUUCAGAUUGCUGUCAUCUGCGUGGUGGUCCUCUGCAUUACAAGGAAAUGCCCCAGAAGCAACAGAAUUCACAGACAGAAGCAAAACACAGGGCACUACAGUUCAGACAACACAACAAGAGCAUCCACGAGGUUAAUCUAAAGGGAGCAUGUUUCACAGUGACUGGACUACCGAGAGCUUGGACUACACAAUACAGUAUUAUAGACAAAAGAAUAAGACAAGAGAUCUACACAUGUUGCCUUGCAUUUGUGGUAAUCUACACCAAUGAAAACAUGUACUACAGCUAUAUUUGAUUAUGUAUGGAUAUAUUUGAAAUAGUAUACAUUGUCUUGAUGUUUUUUCUGUAAUGUAAAUAAACUA